CCUCCUAGCUUAAAAUUUUGCCGCAGUAGGAUAUCAGAAGCGUCUGAUGAUGGGAUCAUUACAGGAAAUGUUCAGGCUUUGGUUGCUGGUCUUCAUGACUUGAUUGAUCAGACAAUAAAAGGGAACUUGAAGCAGGAUCUUGCAGUGUCCACACUCAGUGCCAUUGUGGACAUCCAUCCUGGUGUGCCAUCUAUCUUAGUGGAUGUCUUCAACAUUAAAGAUAUUGAAACCACUUCAACAGAGGAUGGCAUAUGCAAGGAAAAUUUAAUCUCUCUUCUGACAGCUUGUACAGCAUUCUUGGAUAGCGGCUUAUUGAAGGAGAGAUUAGACAAUGACACUCUUGAUGCUAUCAAUGUUCUCUCCAACAAACAAGCCUUUGCUCAGAGAUAUGUCCGACUCAAGACAAAACUAUACUAUAAACAACAAAAGUUCAACCUUUUACGUGAAGAGAGUGAGGGCUUUGCUAAGUUGGUCUCGGAGCUUACUCAAGUCACAUGUGAUCCCUCUACAAGCUCUCAGGUGUCAAAGACUAUCAAAGCACUUAUAGGUGGAUUUGACCUUGAUCCAAACCGGGUCCUUGACAUCAUCUUAGAGGCCUUUGAGACAGCUCCUGAGCUUGAUCAUGUCUUUGUUCCUCUACUCAGGUCAUACAUGUGUGACCCUCUAACAGUAUGUCAGGUCUUAGGCUUCAAGUUUCAGUUCUACAAGGAAGAAAAUAUACGAACUCCAAAAUCUCUUCACAAGGUCACAGCGCAGCUUCUUCAACAUCAUAUUGUUGAACUGGAUGACAUAUACCCUCAUCUUGCUCCGACUGAUGUGGAUAUCUUCAAGGCCCACAAGCAGGAGAUUAUUGAUGCAAGGCAGUAUGCUAGGAAGAUGAGCAUGGCUGUUCUUGCUGACAAGGAUGACAAAGAUGACAAGGAGAAAGAGAAGGAGAAAGAUGAACAGGUUAUUGACAACCAAAAGAUUGGAUUGUGUGAAGCCAUGAUUCUAAUAGGAGAUUGGGUACAUGCCAAGAAACUAUUAGACAAACUGCCUGAGUAUGGCACUACGAGUAACCCUACUGUGUCCAAGGCUCUCUGCAACCUCAUUGAAUCUAUACUUCAACCUCUGUACACAAAGAGUUGUCAACCACAGGGAGCAAAAGGGCAUCAUAUACCUUCACCUCCGAAGAAUGGCACCUUGCCGGCUGUUCAGAACCUAGGAGACAUCAAAGGAGUCCUUGAGAUGUGUCGCUAUCUUGGACCAUAUGCAUCAUUACAGCCUAUCCUCAUCUGGAAACUUGUCAGGCUAGGCAAAGCACUACUUGCUCAGAGAGCCUCAAUGACAGAGGAAAAGAAAGAAGAUUUGAAUUCUGUCUUUCAUGAGAUGCUAUCGGUGAUUGAGCAAGUGAUAUUACCCUCUAUCAGCAUGAUGCCAUGUAAUGCUUGUCUCUCUGAAGAGGUCUGGUCUCUAAUGAAGAUGUUGCCGUAUCAUAGAAGAUACUGCUUGUAUGCGCGAUGGAUAAAUCAUUGCUAUGGUAUCCAUCCCCCAAUGAUUCGGAUCAAAGCUAAUACUACAGACAGGGCCAAGUACAUCAUGAAGAGAUUAACCAAGGAAAAUGUCAAGCCUUCUGGAAGACAGCUUGGGAAACUAAGCCAUUCCAAUCCCGGGGUACUCUUCUCUUAUGUAUUAUCUCAGAUUCAGAUGUAUGAUAAUCUAAUUGCUCCUGUGGUGGAUUCUCUGAAAUACCUUACAUCACUGUCAUAUGAUAUACUAGCUUAUUGUGUGAUAGAAGCUCUAGCAAACCCAGAGAAGGAACGCAUGAAACAUGAUGAGACCAGUCUUUCACUUUGGAUGCAAAGUUUGGCAUCAUUUUGUGGGGCCAUGUUUCGCAAAUACAACAUUGAGUUGACGGGACUACUCCAAUUUGUUGCAAAUCAGCUCAAAGUUGGCAAAAGUUUUGAUCUUUUGAUCUUGAGAGAAGUGGUGUUGAAAAUGGCUGGAAUUGAGGUAACAGAAGAGAUGACCGCUGACCAGUUAGAAGCACUGGCUGGAGGAGAGCUUCUCAGAGCCGAGGGAGGUUACUUUACCCAGGUGCGUAACACAAAGCGAUCAUCACAGCGUCUAAAGGAAGCUUUGCUGGAAGAUGACCUGGCUGUUAGUAUGUGUAUGCUAAUGGCCCAAGAGAAGUACAGGGUUGUCUAUAAACAUGAACAAGGAACUCAUCUCAAACUUGUUGGAAUGUUGUAUGAUCAGUGCCAAGAUACUCUUGUACAGCUAGGUGGGUUCUUAUCCAACCUACUGAGUAUAGAAGACUAUUCCAAGCACUUCCCUGAUCUAGUCAACAUGGUCACCAACUAUCAUAUCACUCCUGAGAGUGCCUUCUUUCUCUACAGACCAAUGUGUACCAACAAUAUACAGUCAAAGGUAGAUGAAUUACGGCGACUGGAAAAGAGCAGUAAAACACCAAGUAACCGCACCCAACGAUACGUCCAGGCAUCCCAAGCUGUUAUGUCUCCAUUGACUGAGGGAAUAAAUUCCUUCCAUCCUCUCAAAGUCUGGGAUGAUAUCAGCCCACAGUUCUAUGCUAGCUUCUGGACUCUGUCCAUGUAUGACCUUCAUGUUCCGAGCCCAAGCUAUGACAAAGAAAUCAAUAAGAUCAAGGUUACCAUGGCAAAUGUUGACGACAACAAAGAAUUGGCCUCAGCUAAAAGGAAGAAAGAAAAGGAGAGAUAUGCUAUCAUUAUUGAGAGACUAAAGGAUGAAGAAAGAAAGCAACAGGAACAUUGUCAGAGGAUAGAGGCCCGUCUUAAGAAGGAGUGUGAGACAUGGUUCACCGCACGUUCAACAAAGAAUGAGACCAUCACACAGUUUCUACAGCUGUGUGUCUUCCCACGUUGCUGCUUCUCAGCCAGUGAUGCCCUCUAUUGUGCAAAGUUUGUUCUGACUGUUCAUAAGCUAAAGACACCAAAUUUCUCUACUCUUUUGUGUUAUGAUCGGGUAUUUCAGGAUAUCACCUACACUGUAGCCAGCUGUACAGAGCAUGAAGCCAGUCGGUAUGGCAGGUUCCUAUGUGCAAUGAUGGAAACAGUCAUGAGAUGGCAUAGGGAUAAGGAAAUAUAUGAGAAGGAAUGUGGCAACUUUCCUGGCUUUGUAACGGUGCUUAGAGCAAGUGGUACAGAGUCAAGUAACAAGGCAGAUCAGUUGGACUAUGAAAACUUCAGACAUGUCUGUCAUAAAUGGCAGUACAAACUGACAAAGGCAGUGGUUGCUUGUCUGGAAUCCAAGGAGUAUACUCAAAUCAGGAAUACUCUUAUACUUCUAACCAAGAUCUUGCCAUACUUCCCAUUGGUGCAGAACCUUGGUCAGGUACUUGAGAAGAGAGUUGACAAGAUCAGAACAGAGGAGAAGGAAAAAAGACCUGAUAUUUAUGCUUUAGCAAUGGGUUACUCUGGCCAACUCAAAACAAGGAAACAGCACAUGAUCCCAGAGGACAAGUUUCAUUUGAAAGAUAAGCCAGUUUCAAGCUCCCAGUCUACUACCCAAUCCUCAGAGUCAUCAAGUAAGAAGGCCACAUCGUCUAGCAGUUCAACAUCAGUCAGUAGCACCAGUAAUGCUAUUCUCAAUGGUGUAGGCAAGGAACAUCUUAGCAAAGAAGCUGAUACUGAAAAAGUUCAUGGAGCAAGUAGUAAGUCGUCCAACAGAGAAUCGUCAUCUACGACGAAAUCAUCAUCCACAUCAAAGUCCUCUGUCAAGUCAUCAUCUCAGUUGCAGGGCAAGUCAUCAACGUCGUCAUCAUCAUCAUCCAAGUCGAGUAGUAAUUCAUCAAAGACGUCUACAUCCUCAGCCAGUGUCAGUGCCAGCACAUCAUCAGGAUCUAAGAAAUCAGAUUUAAAAUCAUCCAGCGAUGGGAGUAAAUCCAAGAGAGAAAAAGACGAUCACAAAGAGAGCAGUGUGAGUAGAUCAAACAAGGAAGAUAAAGCUUCUAAAGAACACAGAGUCAUCAAGGAAGAGAAGGUUGUCAAGGAAGUUAAAGUUCAAAGGUCAUCAGAAGGCAAAAGGUCUGGGAGCAGUGAGAAGUCACACCGAGAAGAUGGAAAAGCAUCUAGCAGUAAGAAUUACAGCAGUGAUAACUGGGGUGGGGCUCCAUCAACAGAGCUUGAUAGCUGGCCAGAGGAAGGAGAGAGGGUAAGGAAGGUGGAGAAGAAGGCCACCCACCGAGAUAAAUCCAAGGAGAAGGAAGAGCGUGGUAGUGACGGGGGUCAAAGGUCAUCUAAGGAGAGGUCACAGAGGGAAGAAAGUGUUGCAUCUAACUCCAGCCAGGGAUCGGUAGGCUCAGCAUCUAGAAAGGAAUCACCAGCAACCAGCUCUUCAGACAGAGUGGAGCACAAGAGGAGAAAAGUGGAUGCAUCAGCUAUACUUGUAUCUAGCUCUAGCUCUCCUGACCUAGCAAGGGAGACAUCUUCUAGCAAACACAGGAGAAGUAAGAGCAAGGAGCGUCACAGGGAAAGAGAAGUUCUUGAAGCCCCUGAGCCAGAGAGAGAAAGAAGUAGAGAGAAAGAUAAGAAGAGUGAGAAGAAGAGGGAUCAUUCAGCCAGUGAUGUCAAUCAUGAAUCUAAGAGACAUAAAGGCAGUGAUUCAGGUCAUGAGGGGAAAAGUAGUAAAAGGUCAUCAUUAGGUGAUGGAGCUAGUUCAAGCAGUAGUAUGAAUGGAGAGAGGAUGGAUGAGAGAGAUCGAGAUAGAGAGAUGAUGAAAGAAGAAAAGUCCUCAAGAAGAGAAUCAGAUGUGAGGGAUAAACCUGCAAAGGAAAAGAAAAUCAAGCGAGAACCAGUCGAUGAGGAUAGAGAUGAUGACAGACAUAAAUCCAGCAGCUCAAGAAAAAGAAGACCUUGACGACACAUUCUUACCUGGACGAGG